CCCUGGCUGUGGGCUCAGAGCAGCAGGACAAAGUGCUGGGGACCAGGACGGAGACCCGCGAGCAGGCAUGGGCUCUGGAGGAGCGGGCCUCCUCAGGCUCCGGUCGCCCCUGCCUCUCCUGCUUCUGCUCAGCACGGGAGGCAUGGCCCAGGACUCCCCACCCCAGAUCCUAGUCCACCCACAGGACCAGCUGCUCCAGGAACCUGGCCCCACCAGGAUGAGCUGCCGAGCCUCAGGCCGGCCGCCCCCCACCAUUCGCUGGCUGCUGGACGGGCAGCCCCUGAGCAUGGAACCCCCAGACGUACACGACCUCCUACCUGAUGGGACCCUGCUGCUGCGGCAGCCCCCUGCCCGGGGACGUGCCCGCGACAGCCAGGCCCAAUCCACAGUCCUUGGCAUCUACACGUGUGAGGCCAGCAACCGGCUGGGCACAGCCGUGAGCCACGGCGCUCGGCUGUCCGUGCCUGUCCUUCAGGAGGAUUUCCAGAUCCAGCCUGAGGACACCGUGGCCACGGUGGGUGGGCAGGUAAUCCUGAAGUGCGGGCCACCCUGGGGCCACCCAGAGCCCACAGUCUCAUGGUGGAAGGAUGGCAAACCACUGGCCCUCCAGCCGGGGCGGCACACGGUAUCCUGGGGUUCCUUGAUGAUGCUUAGAGCAGAGAAGAGCGAUGAAGGGACCUAUAUGUGCAUGGCCAUCAACAACGCAGGACAACGGGAGAGCCGGGCAGCCAGGGUGACUGUCCAGGAGCAUCAGGGCUACACGGAGCCCCUGGAGCCCCUGGCUGUGCACAUCCACCUAGAAAACGUGACGCUGCUGAACCCGGACCCCUCAAAGGGCACCAAGUCUGGGCCUGUUGUGUGGCUCAGCUGGAAGGUAAGCGGCCCUGCGGCCCCCGCCCAGUCCUACACAGCGCUGUUCAGGGCCCAGACGGUACCCGGAGGCCAGGGGGCUCCGUGGGCAGAGGUCCUGCUGGCUGGCUUGUGCAGCGCAGAGCUUGGCGGCCUCCACUGGGGCCAAGACUACGAGUUGAAAGUGAGGCCAUCCUCCGGCCGGGCUCGAGGCCCUGACAGCAACGUGAUACUCCUGAGGCUGCCUGAGCAAGUGCCCAGUGCCCCUCCUCAGGUGACCCUAAAACCUGGCAAUGGCAGUGUCCUUGUGAACUGGGUCCCACCACCUGCAGAAAACCGCAAUGGCGUCAUCCGUGGCUACCAGGUGUGGAGCCUGGGCAACACCUCGUUGCCCCCCACCAACUGGACGGUGGCAGGCGAGCAGACCCAGCUGGAGAUCGCCACCCAGGCGCCAGGUCCCUACUGUGUGAAAGUGGCCGCAGUCACUGGGGCUGGGGCUGGGGAGCCCAGCAGCCCCGCCUGCCUCGUUUUAGAGCAGGCCAUGGAGCAAGCCCCGCAAGAACCCAGUGACCAUGGUCCAUGGACCCUGGAGCAGCUGAGAGCCACCUUGAGGCGUCCAGAGGUCAUUGCCACCGGCAGUGUUGUGCUCUGGCUGCUGCUGCUGAUCACCACCAUGUGUAUCCACCGCCGACGCCGAGCUGGGGUGCACCUGGGCCCAGGUCUGUACAGAUAUACCAGUGAGGAUGCCAUCCUGAAACACAGGACGGAUCGCAGCGACUCCCCCUGGCUGGCAGACACUUGGCGGUCCACCUCUGGCUCGCGGGACCUGAGCAGCAGCAGCAGCCUUAGCAGCCGGCUGGGAGUGGACCCCCGGGACCCACUAGACCGUCGUCGCUCCCUGAUCUCCUGGGAUCCCCGCAGCCCUGGUGUGCCCCUGCUUCCCGACACCAGAACUUUCUACGGCUCGCUCAUCGCUGAGGCCAUUGCCAGCCCCCCAGCCCGGCCCAGCCCCCAGGCCUCAGCCAUCAGGCAUUGCCCCCCGCAGCUGACGCAGCUCCCCAGCCCCUGGGCCAGCUCAGACAGCCUCAGCGGCCGCAGGGGGCUCUCUUCCCCGCGCCUUUCUGCGGCCCCCGCAGAGGCUUGGAAGGCCAAAAAGAAGCAGGAGCUGCACCAGGCCAACAGCUCCCCGCUGCUCCGGACCAGCCACCCUGUGGAGCUCUGCACCUGGGAGUUGGGGAAUAAAGGCUCCAAAAACCUUUCCCAAAGCCCAGGAGCUGCGCCCCGAGCUCUGGUUGCCUGGCGGGCCCUGGGACCGCAACUUCUCGGCUCCUCCACUGAGCUGACACGCCCUCUCCCGCCAGCCCCCCUCUCUUCUCAUGGAUCCCCCACUCAGAAUCAACAGACCCUACGCUUGGCGGAGCCCCACGCUCCCUCCCCUCUCCCCUUGCCAGCAGCCCCCACCCCCUCCAGCACCCCCAGCCACUCUAGCCACCAGGCCUCUUCGCUCUCUGGCCCCAGCCCAGCCUCCAGCCGCCUGUCCAGCUCUUCACUGUCAUCCCUGGGGGAGGACCAGGACAGCGUGCUGACCCCCGAGGAGGUGGCCCUGUGCCUGGAGCUCAGUGAGGGUGAGGAGACCCCCAGGAACGCUGUCUCUCCCAUGCCCCGGGCUCCGUCCCCGCCCAGCACCUACGGGUACAUCAGCAUCCCGACAGCGUCCUCGGAGUUGGCAGACAUGGGCAGGGCUGGAGGAGCGGUAGGGUCCGAGGUGAGGGGUUUGUUGUGCCCACCUCGGCCCUGCCUCACCCCCACCCCCAGCGAGGGCUCCUUGGCCAACGGCUGGGGCUCGGCCUCCGAGGACAACGCCCCCAGUGCCAGGGCCAGCCUCGUCAGCUCCUCCGACGGCUCCUUCCUCGCGGACGCCUACUUCGCCCGGGCCCUGGCAGUGGCCGUGGACAGCCUUGGCUUUGGUCUGGAGCCCAGGGACGCAGACUGCGUCUUCACAGGCGCCUCCCCGCCUCCCUCCCCCCGGGACGACCUCUUCCUGACGCCGACCCUCUCCCUGCCCCUGUGGGAGUGGCGGUCAGACUGGCUCGAGGACAUGGAGAGCAAUCACAUCCAGCAACGGGGAAGGGGGCUGCCUCCCUGGCCCUCCGACUCUUAGAACUCUCGCCGGAGACAUCACCUCAGCUGUCCUGCACCCAAGUCUGGCAGUGGGUGUCCACCGGCCUGGCUUGUGUGGCUCUGGGAGGAGCUGCGAGGGAGCCUGGGUGUGGCAGGAGAGGCAGGAGCAGGGGGUGACUCCACUGUCCUCUGAUUCUCCCACGGACUCCCUGAGGCACGUCCCUGAGACCCCCCGAGAAGACACUUGGAACUCCCUCUCCUGUCAGCCUCUGGCCCCGAGGGACGGCUGGGCCCUGGACGGCGGCUCUUGGUCUGUGCGCCUCUGCAGCUGGGUACACCUGCGCAAUGGGCCUGCCGCGCAGCUCUCCCUCCUCAAAGGUGAAAACUGCUGAAACAGCACAGAAUCAGAGCCAAGCGGACCUGGCGCUUGGGCAGCAGGGAGCUCUCGCCACCUGACGCCCUCGCUUUUCCUCUGCCCUGUCCAAGCGCACUGCCAGCCUGUCUGGCUGAAGGAGCAGCCCACCUCCUGAUCUCCUGCCCACGAGGAUCACGAGGAGUGGGGGCCAGGGAUCUUUCUGAGAGACAGUGGCUGCUUGUGGGGAUGGGCCGUGGCGGAAGGGGCCCCUCAAGCCUCCCCUCAGCCUCACUGGACCGUUGCACCAUAGAGGCCCCUCCGCUCCCACCACACCACGCAGAGGAAACACAGAGAAGGCUCCGGAGGCAGGCGAAGCCCAGCACCCAGGCAGAGGCUCCAGAUGGACGGGGAGGGAGCUGAAGGGAGGGAGGCGUGGAGUG